CUGCGACAUAGAUGACGUGAUUGUGCCAGGAUGAGUCAUAAAUGUGUAUUUUUUCGAUGAUUUCGAAGAGCUCUAUCGUCAUGCAACGAUGGGACCAAAAGAACUUAACUCUGUUCAGCAGGAACUUUUUGAAGCGGUGAGACGGGGAGAUGCGCAGAAGGUGCAGACAUGGCUAUUAAGCAGACGCAGCAAGCGGCCACGGACACCACUGAACUUUUUGCGUGCAUCGACAUCAUCACAUUCAGCUUGGCUAUGUUCGAUUGUAGAUCCGUCGAACGGUUAUACAGUGCUACAUCUUGCCGCUUUGCUGGGCCAUAAGGAGGUAGUUAAAAUUUUGCUGAAUGUUGAUUCACAAAUGGCACGAAUAAAAGAUCGGCGAGGAUGUUUGCCAAUACACUUAGCAGCAUGGAAUGGCCACGUUGAAGUUAUACAGACUUUAAUUAAUGCUGAACCGAAUACUGUUGAUGCGGUAAAUAACGCCAAAGAAUCGCCUCUGCAUCUGUCAGCACAACAUGGCCACGGCAAAGUCGUCACUGUUCUGCUUGCUAAGCAUGCAGAUGCCAGGGCGAGGAAUGCACGUGCUGAAACAGCUUUAGAUGUAGCUGCAAGACUUGGAAAAGCUAACGUGUGUCGCUUACUCAUCAGUAAUUGUCCAGAAUUAGCACUGCAAAGUGCAUCAGAGUGCAUUACCACAGAUCCAGGAAGGUCACGACAUUUAGCUCAAGUGGUAUAUCCAUUACAUGCAGCUGCUCGUCACGGUCAUAUUGACUGUCUUCAAAUACUGUGUCAUUCCGGUUUUGACCUUGACUAUGUUACCGAAGAAGGUAGUGCGUUACAUGUCGCAGCAUUGUUUGGGAAGGUUGAUGCUGUUAAGUUACUGCUUGAACAAGGCAUCAAUGUUGAUACGCGUGAUGGACAAGGACGUACUGUAUUGGAAACUUUGGCAGAGCAUGAAAACGAAAAAGCUUCAGAUCUUACACAAGUGAUACAAAGCCGAGAAGGGUGGUCAGAAUGUCGCAAGCUCAUUGAAGCUUACAUACAAAAAUGUAAGAAUCGUCAAGAUGACAAAAUGACUGCAGAGAAUUAUUCAGUUUACUUAAAUUUACCUUUUUGUUCGAAGUAUGGUGCUAACCCAAAAGAUGUUGUUUGGAAACCGAUACCGGAAUCAUCUACAGCCAGGCUUCAAGCAUCUCGAAAUCACGCACAGCAUAGUUCGACUAAUAGCACUUCGGAGAUUGGCACGUGUUAUCCACCACCAUCGAUAGUGGCUGAUGUGAUUGCACAUGAACGCGAUCUGGAUGAUAGUUCAACCCUACCUUCGUCGGCCACUCGUGUGGAAUCAUCUGGGAGCGAGUCUGAUUCGCAGCCAUCACCAGGUCAAGCAGAAGGUUUUAGUGUAGAAAAUAACGUAUCUCGGUUUGCCAUCAUACUGCCGAGUCAUAGGUAUAGACAUACACUUCAGAGAAAUGGCGUUCUUUUACCAAGGAUGGGACUUGGUCAAACAUCACUUAAUCCAGAUUCAGCAGUAGCAUGCUCAUACCAGGCUCCACUUUCGUAUGAUGCUUGGCGAUCACAGCAUGUUGUUCCAUAUGAUAAUGUGACAAGUCCACCACAUCCUCUACUGGGCUAUGACAAUGUGCCACGUAAUCUCGUCGUUUACGAUAAUGCUCCACCACCUGGACAUCGACGUUGGCAGCAUUCCUGCGAAGCUAAAUCUGUACAUGAGGGUGGCUGUGAAAAUAUUGGUACACCAUCUUGUAGUGUUAGAAGUGAUGGUAUACAGACUAUGCCACCUGUGAAACCCGGUCGUCAGUGUUUUCUCUUACUAGAGGAAACCUUGAAGCCUGAACCGGCUCCUCGGAAAACUAAAGCACAUGAAGCUAAUGUGGAUAAGGACAGUGGUCUUGUUGUUAACUAUAGCCCUCCAAGCUCUCCUUCCCAUCGAACAGAAAGCCCAGCAUCCAUCAUCACUUUCGCCUGCUCAACACUUGAACGUUCCUUAUCUCCUGGAGAACAAAGCAGCAGUGUUCCAUCCGGGACAGCUUCGUUAACUCAAGGCCGUGCACCAUUAGCACUCCCUGAAGAGGUUUCUAUGUCAGCUUCAGCCAGCAUUCUGUCAAUACAAAAUUCCCCGGAAAGGUAUCUUAUGGAAGAAAGUAAACGGAGAAGGCAUUCACGUCUCUUAAAUGACGAUUAUUCUGUACCAGAUCGUAGUUCUGCGACAGCUGCUUUUAAUUCAAAUUGGUCGAUGAAGACUGCACUGGCAAGUUGUGUGGAAGUCAUAACAGCAGAAAAUGAAAAUGGAGCGAACAAUGUUGACGGCCAAUCUGACCUUGACCAUCUUCCGAGUCCUGAAACUACUGCAUCUCGCAUUCAUCAUUUCCUUUGCAGUCAGGAUAACGCUAGACAGCAAUUGUCACAAUCUCCCACUGUAAGCAAAAGAUCACAGCACACGCAGAAGGACACAAUAUCACCAUCGUCAACAGUGGGGACAGAUUGCACUUUGGCAUCGUCAUGCUCCCUACCGAUAAUCUCCCAUGUCUCUUCAACACCGCCAUCAGUAAUUUCUCCGUCGCAGGAACGCAGUCAGCUUUACAAGCAAUCCAGCUGUUCCAGCAUGGAUGAUCAAUCAUUUUCUUCUGUGGAGGUACGCUUGCGAACUGCGUCUUCAAUACCAACACAUGGUAGCACAAGUAGGGACAUGUGUGGAUUAUCUAUCUCCAGCGAUGGCGAGCAACAUAGGGACGAACUAAACAGCAGUAUACAGGCAUCAUUUGCACAAAAUGACAACGUUUCAACCAGGCAUAGUUCCUUGGAUGAAAGUAUCGAAUGGAAGAAAAUCAGUGAAAUAAUGGAAUCAUUUGGUGGCGCAAUUUGUCGGGAAUCGGUGUUUACAGCUCAUUAUGAACCAAAAGUGGCCGUUUACCUCAGAGAUCGGAGAUCUCAUGCAUUAACAUUGCAGUUAAAUGGACCACAAGCAGUGCAAAACAGACAUUCACUUGGAUUUGAUGCUGACAAAAGAUAUAAACAACUGCGAGGGAUGAAUGCUGUUGCUGAAUGGCUAAACGUGUGUGUUGGGAUACCUAAUCCCAGAGCAAAUGAAAUAGCGGAAAUCCUCGAAAGCAAUGGUUUUGACAAUGUCACUCAUAUGCAGUCGACACUCGAUCGUGUUGCUAUGCAAGAAAUUGGGUUUGAUAAGUCAACUCAACACCAAAUCGGGAUGUAUCUAGAAAAUUACCCAAAUGUUUCCAUCCCAAGUGCAAAUUCAUUUGCAUAUGUUUCGGACUGGUUGCAUUCACUGGACUUAGAAGAUUAUCUCGGUCAUUUCGUAAGUGGCGGGUUGACAUCAAUGCUGAUCGUUUUUGCAGUCGAUUCAACGCGGAAACAUUUGAAAAUUCUUGGUAUCACAAAACUUGGUCAUCAAAAACGAAUUUUAAAUUCUCUAAAGAAAGCAAAGGAAGAGCGACGUCAAAAGGCAGCAGAACGAGCAGCAGCAGCAGCGCAAGAAGAUGAAACAGACAGUGGACAGGAGAGCAGGAGUACGGUGCAGUCAUCAUCAAGUACCCAAAUACCUCAUUCAGCGAUUGUUGGGGGACGUCAAACUGAAUGGCAGCAUUCAUCUAGUACACUUAUUGAGAGCUGCAUUUCGUAUUCAGCUCAUUAUCUUGGAUCAAUGGAAAUAUCGAAUGUUGAGGAGACAGAGGAUUCUCGAAGAGCUAUGAUUAAGUUGAAAAGAGGUAUUCGUGAAAUAGCCAAAGUCCCUCAUGUUUUACUGGAAAUCUCAGUGUCGGGUGUUCGAGUGCUUGAUGCUAUCACAAAGCAACUUACUGUCGAGCAUGAAAUAGCACAGAUACAGAUAGUGUGUCAAGAUGAAAGGGAUCUGAACUGUUUUGCUUAUAUAUCGCAAGAUGGAGAUCGUCAUUUCUGCCAUGUAUUUUGCGUCUUAACUGCCGAUGUAGCAACUGAAAUAAUAAUAACAUUGGGACAGGCAUUCGAAAUAUGUUACAGAAUCACCAACGAUAGCUAUGGCAGUACUUAGCCGAUUACCAUCUAGCUUGUCAUAUGAUUCGUUUUGCAUUUCAUUUUACCCAUGAAUUCUGUCAGAUGUUCAGAUCUCAUAUUAACAAAUGUACUUUGACAAAAACCAGAUUUUGGAACGAAAUAGUUCUAUCAAUCCAGUCAAAUUCUCUAAUGUAACAUGUUGCGCACGGAAUGUCACUCUGUCUUCGCAUAGCAUUGCAUGAGUUCCUUAGGGUUAUUUAAUAGGC